ACAUAGAAAUCUAAUUGUUGUAGAUUUUUUAAAUAAGUUCACGCAGGUUUCUAAUGAUCUAAAAAAUUUACUCACAAAAGUAUCCUAAUCGACAGCUUUAUUAAGUCGACGCAACGAGCAUCGUGACCAAAUUGAGUUUUUUUACGCAGCACAGUAAAUCAUCUGAUUUGCUCAAUUCCACAAGUAGAAGUAUUUAUUUAAUGAAAAAAGUAAAAGUAUCGAGUUGUUUGGACUAUAUACAAUGCCUCUCGAUGCCGAGAAAGCUGCAAAAGAUACUGAAGCUACAUUAAUAAUACCUUUCGCUUCUGAGAGACACGCUGAAAUAGCUUACCGCGUCUUGAAUGUAGAUCAAGAACCACGCCGCAAUUUCGUGCAAAAGGACAUACGUUUAAUUGGUGAUUGCAUUGAGGUCAUUUUCAAAGCAGGCCAAGUUAAAAACCUAAGAACGGCUAUCAAUUCAUUUUUUGAAGCGCUGCUUUUGUGUACAGAUACCAUCAAAGAGUUUGAUACAGAACUAGAUGCGGAUGCCGGAACACACGCCAGCUCCAACACCCCAUAGAGCGGUAUAU